AUGGGUGCUCAUUCAGCUAUAUGGCAAGGAUAUGUCGACUCCAGCUUGAUGGGAUCUGGUCAAUUUGAUAAGGCCGCAAUUUUGAGCCACGAUCUUUCUGGUGUCGAGGCCCAGUCUUCUGGCUUCACAAUCUCGCCAGAAGAGCUCAGUGGCCUCAUUUCUGCCUACAGCAGCUCCGACACCGCAAGAGCUAACGGUAUUGUCGUCGGAGGAGAGAAGUUUGUCGUUAUCCGCGCAGACGAUCGCAGUCUAUAUGGCAAGAAGGGCAAGGAGGGUAUUGUUAUCGUUAGAGCCAAAUCCUGUGUCAUGGUCACCCAUCACCCUGACAACGUGCAAACGACCAAUGCCGCGACAAUCGUCGAGAAACUUGUCGACUACAUUAAUGCCAGCUAG